UGUGGUCACCUCCUGCUCAUAGAGCCGACUCUCCUCUCCGUUCCCUCGCUCUGCUCCAAAGCUUCUCCCAACUCCUCCGCUUUAUAAACAGCCCCCUCAUCACCCUUAAAGCUCUCACCUUUCUCUCUUUUUUUUUGCCCCCCCCUCUUCAAUGGCUCUUUCUCUCUUCUGGGUUUUCUUCCUUUUACCUACUUUUGGCAAAGUUUUCUCUCUCAAAGAUGCUGAGGCGAUCCGAGGCGCUGCUGUGGUCAAUGGGAAGUUCCCCAUUGCAGUGGCUGAUGAGGACUUUGUGUGCGCUACUUUGGAUUGGUGGCCACCUGAGAAAUGUGACUAUGGGACUUGUAGCUGGGGGCUAGCUUCUAUCCUUAACUUGGAUCUUUCCAACCCCAUUCUUUUGAAUGCAAUAAAAGCAUUCUCCCCAUUAAAAAUUCGUAUAGGAGGUAGCUUACAAGAUAAGGUCAUAUAUGACACUGGCGACCCUGGAGAACCAUGCCGUCAAUUUGUCAAAAACACUUCUGAGAUGUUUGGAUUUAGUCAAGGCUGCUUGCCCAUGAAAAGAUGGGAUGAGCUUAAUAAUUUCUUCAAAAAAUCCGGGGCAGUAAUUAUUUUUGGGCUGAAUGCCCUUAAUGGAAGAGUUCCCUUAAAAGAUGGUUCAUUAGGAGGACCUUGGAAUUCCACCAACGCAGCUGCCUUAAUUCGUUAUACUGUUGACAAGGGCUAUACAAUUCAUGGUUGGGAGCUAGGAAAUGAACUAAGCGGAAGUGGGGUUGGAGCUAGAAUUGGAGCAGAUCAAUAUGCUGCAGAUGUCAUCUCUCUAAAAUCAAUUGUAGACAAAAUAUACCGAGAUUUCCCAGAUAAGCCAUUGAUCCUUGCACCGGGGGGGUUCUUUGAUGCAAAAUGGUUUGGCGAGCUCAUCAAGAAAACAGAACCCAACUCACUUGAUGUAAUUACCCACCACAUAUAUAACCUUGGUCCAGGUGUUGAUCAACAUUUGGUUGAGAAAAUUCUUGACCCAAAAGUCCUUGAUGGCAUGGAGCCAACAUUCAGAGAUCUCCAAGGAAUUCUCAAGAGUUCAGAGACUCAGGCCACUGCUUGGGUUGGUGAAUCUGGAGGGGCUUAUAAUAGUGGGCAUAAUCUCGUUACUAAUGCAUUUGUUUUCAGUUUUUGGUAUUUGGAUCAGCUUGGUAUGUCAGCAACUUAUGGUACGAAGACUUAUUGUAGACAGAGCUUGAUUGGUGGAAAUUACGGGCUACUGAAUACUACCACGUUUGAACCAAAUCCUGACUAUUAUAGUGCCCUCUUAUGGCAUCGGCUAAUGGGAAGAAAUGUUCUAUCCACAACUUUCAACGGGACAAACAAAAUACGCGCAUAUGCACAUUGUGCAAAAGAAUCACAAGGAAUCACACUUCUCUUGAUCAAUCUUGAUGGCAGCACGACAACCGAAGUGAUUGUAACCAGCAAAUCUGCCUUCAUUAGAUCUUUAAAGCAGUACAACACUAAAGCUUCAAGAACAAAGUUUAGCCAUAUACCAAGAACUCGCAAAACCAGUGGAUUCAUCAGGGAAGAGUAUCACCUCACAUCACCAAAUGGUAACUUGCACAGUCAAACAAUGCUACUGAAUGGUAAAAUCUUGGCCGUUGAUCAUGAUGGUGAUAUUCCGGAAUUUGAACCUAUUAAGGUUGAUGCUUCGGAGCCUAUAAAGGUCGAUCCAUAUUCCAUUGUGUAUGUGCAUGUUCCGUAUUUUGAUGCACCUGCUUGUGUUUAGGGAUUGAGUUUGGUUCGAUUUCGUUGUGUUUCCUACAUGUCAUUUGUGGAUGGACUGCGAAGUAGUCCAUCCUCUGAUAAGGAUAUUGAAAGGUUGAUAUCAUCGUGAUUUAUAAUUCAUAAUUGUGAUAAAAAAUGAAUCGGGAAAGGAAGUAUAAGAUUUUAUUCCAAGAGCUUAUGAAUUUGUUGUGAAAAUAUUUGUGUAUUAAUAGAAUUUUAUGUAUCCGGUUUAUUCAAAGAUUCGAGAUAAUGCAAGGAAUAUAUACAUGAUCAUGGUCAGAUGACAAUUA